AUGCGCAGUUUGUCCGGACGUUCCGUGCAACGUGCGCAGCCACAGGGUGCCCUCGCAAUACUCCGCGCAGCCUUGAUCUGGGGCCUGCAGGAGUCAUUGUCCUUCCUCUUGGGCUUGGAAGUCUUCUUCUUCCUGUAUUACCUCUACAAGCAUGCCAGCUUGCAGGCACCUGCAAUCCCUCCAAGGAUGCCGCCAGGCAAGUCUUUGGAUGUCCUCCGCCGAGUUCUGCAAGCGACGCAAGACAUUCAGGCCUGCGGCCGACUGCUGGAACCCUCCGGCUCCCAGGGCCGGAUCACGCCGCAUCUCUCUCCCAAGGCGAGUAUGGCCAGCAUGCAGGAUUUGCAGGAGGCACUCCGCCCAAAGAGGAACGAGUCCAACGUUGAGGAGCUGCUCCGAGAAUGGGACACUCUGAAAAGAGUCAAUUCCCAGUCGCAGAACAUGGCGCCGGCAGUUCUAGUCAGCGAGAAGGAGCGGAUGGCUUUUGAGAGGGCCAUGGACGAUGCGGAGAUGAUGGCGCUGAAGCAUGCAGAAAUUAGUGGCUGGUUUUUCGAUCGCCGCACAGGUUGCCGCUGGUCAGCUGCUAGGGUGGCAGAGAUCUGCCGUGGAAAUCUUGCCGAAUGGAUGGCGUGGGCCUUCUUCCACUGCACGCCGGACGAGGUACCCGAAAGUAGGUGGCCAGAACUUGUCCAGCUAGUAGAUGAAGGUGCCGUUUGGGCCGGCGUUGACUUCCCUGAGGGGUACAACCCUCACGUGCAGGCCAUGCGCUUGACGAUGGAUCCCAUCCCAUCUGAGCAUCGCCCGAUGUUGUACUACAUUGUGACGGCCCUCGCACUUCCGGUCGUGACGUACUACAACCUUGAAAGCUUGGGUUUUCGGAAGCACAAGAGUGGUACACUUCAGUACUGGCUUCGUCGUGGCAGGGGCAAGAGUGCAGAGCCCCCAAUCGUCUUUUGCCACGGGGUGGGGGUCAACUUGCUGCCAUACGAGCACUUCAUCACAGAGCUGCUGAGGCAGGUGCCGAAGGGCAAGAGUAUCUUCCUGGUAUCCCUGCCGCACAUCUCGAUGCGAAUCAAUGAGGAUGUGCCUUCCAGUGCAGAGAUGGUCGCCUGCCUUCGGGACAUGCUUGCCAGCUGGGAAUUCGACUCGGCUCACUUUGUCGGCCACUCCUUCGGUUCCAUCGUGGUUGCCUGGAUGUGUAAGAACUCCAAGGAGACUGUCAAAGUUGCAACUUUCUUGGAUCCAGUCUGCUUCCUUCUCAUCAAGCCAGAUGUUUGCUACAACUUCAUGUACAGGCGGCCGGAAACGCCUACGCAGCUGCUGAUGCACUACUUCGUUGCUCGCGAGCUCUUCAUCGCGCAUAGUCUGUCCCGGAACUUCUUCUGGUAUCAGAAUUUGCUGUGGCCUGAGGAGCUGGUGAUGCCCACGCUGGUAAUGCUGUCCGGCGAGGACUCCAUUGUUCCAGCGCAUUCUGUACGACGCUAUCUGACCGGCUGGCUGCAGCAGCAAAGCACAGACACCUUGAGGCUGCUUUGGUUUCCAAACUUGGGGCAUGGGGAGAUGAACUUUGGCCCCGUAGGGCUUGCCGCAGUCAAGCGCAUUGUGGCGGAAAUGAUGGCCCUGGAGGCCAAGCUUCAAGUAGGGCGCCGGAGGUAG